CCACGUUCUUGGACCAUUUUAGUGGAACUGAUGCUAAGCUUUCCUAACCCUUAUACUAGUAUUCUCUCUUGACUGUACCUCAUUUUUGACUUUGAUCUACAUCUACAACUCUAGCAUUGAAGAAUGUUUUAUUUGUUGCAAACCAUAAACAUUCUGCAAUAUCCAUUGAUUCACCCAUUCACCAUGGUAGUGCCUUCCAAUAAGACGCUCCUCCUCUUAACUCUUAGCCUCUUCAGUUUUGCAACAGCUGAGGCACAAGACGACCCUUUCUAUCUAAGCCAAGAUUGCUCCAGCGAAAAAACCAAUGAUAAUACCUCCUUCCAAUUCAAGGUCAAGAACCUCCUCUCUGACUUAUCAUCUAACGCCAUUGGCAACACCAAUAUUCGAUUUUACAACACCACAAUCACCGGUGAAAACCCCUCAGACUCAAUCUAUGGACUCUUCAUGUGUAGGGGUGACGUGUCCUCUCAACUCUGCCAACAAUGCGUCCAAAACGCAACCCUAAAACUGUCCUCAGAGUGCUCCUUGUCAAAACAAUCUUUGAUUUGGUACGAGGAGUGCAUGGUUUGGUAUUCCACAGCCCUAAUUUUCUCCACUAUGGCCACAAAGCCUGGAUUCACCAUGCAGAACAGUGGCAACGUCUCAAACCCUUUAAGCUUCAUGCCUUUAGUGUUUUUAACCCUGAACAAAACUGCAGAUGAAGCAUCUCUAUCAACUACUGAUAACAACAAGUUCUUUGCAACAAGGGAAAGAAACGUGAGUGGAUCUCAAACCCUUUAUUGUUUAGCUCAGUGCACGCCGAAUCUAUCACCUCUUGAUUGCAGAACAUGUCUUGGUGAUGCGAUAGGGGAACUUCCUGGGUGUUGUGAAGGAAGAAUAGGAGGGAGAGUUCUAUUUCCUAGCUGUAAUAUUAGGUAUGAAUUGUACCCUUUCUAUGAUAUUCCUUCACCAACACCUACACCAAAGCUGGUUCCUGAAACAAAAGCUUCACAUGCAGAUUCACUUUUUUCAGAAGAUUAUCCUAUUUAUCUUUCCCAUAAUUGCUCAAACAAAACUUUUCUCACUGCCAACAACACUUUCCAAACACACCUCACUACUCUCUUGUCUACCCUAGCUUCUAAUGCCACCAGUGGCAAGAAGUUUUAUAAGGCUAACGUGGAUGACACAGUGUUUGGUCUUUUCUUGUGCCGAGACCGAGACAACAUUCCCUCAAGCCUUUGUGGUGAAUGUGUCCAAAAUGCUACCCAUCAAAUAUCAUCAAAGUGUCCUAUGUUUUCUGAGGCUAUAAUUUGGUACAGCCAGUGCAUGCUUCGUUAUUCAUACAGAAAUUUCUUCAAUAAAGUGGAAAAAAGUCCUGUGUUUUCUGAGUUGAAUAGCACCAAUAAGGGCGAGGAACAAAAUUUCUUUACGGUGAAGUUGGCAAAGACGUUAGAUCAAGCGGCGAUCCAGGCCGGGGACAGUGAUGAGAGAUGUGGAACAAAGACAACAAAAUUGAAUGAUUUGCAAACCCUUUAUACUCUUGCUCAAUGUACACGAGAUUUGUCUAUUGAAGAUUGCAAGGGUUGUCUAGGAAUUGUUAUUGGAACAUCGAUUCCGUGGUCUCGUUUGGGAAGCAUAGGGGGAAGAGUUUUAUAUCCUAGCUGCAAUGUCAGGUUUGAAUUGUUCCAAUUCUACAAGGACAUUGACAAAACUGGGACGCCAUGGCCAGAAAGAAGAAAAGGCCCAUCACGAAUAAUUAUAUUGAUUGUUGUGUUGGCAAGUAUUUCAGUGACGUUGUUCUUUGCGGCUUACUAUUUUCUACGUAAAAAAGCAAGAAAGAGUCAUGCAACUGUUCUCAAAGAAAAUUUUGGCCGUGAAAUUGCCACUUUAGAUUCGUUACAAUUUGAUUUGGCUACCGUUAAAGCGGCCACUAAUAACUUUUCAGACCAGAAUAAAAUAGGCAAAGGUGGAUUUGGAGAAGUUUAUAAGGGUAUUCUUCUCGAUGGAUCACAAGUAGCUAUAAAGAGAUUAUCAAAAAGUUCAAAGCAAGGAGCUAAUGAGUUCAAGAAUGAAGUUUUAUUAAUAGCAAAACUUCAACAUAGGAAUCUAGUGACACUCAAAGGUUUUUGCCUUGAUGAACAGGAGAAAAUACUUAUUUAUGAAUAUGUGACGAACAUGAGCCUUGAUUACUUCCUAUUUGAUUCACGACUACAAAAGUCAUUAAGCUGGUUUGAACGUUAUAAUAUCAUAGGAGGGAUUGCUCAAGGAAUUCUUUAUUUACAUGAACAUUCUAGAUGGAAGGUUAUACAUCGUGAUCUAAAACCUAGCAAUAUCUUAUUAGAUGAGCAUAUGAUUCCAAAAAUUUCAGAUUUUGGACUUGCUAGAAUUGUUGAAAUAAGUGAAGACCAAGGAAGUACAAAUAUUAUUGUUGGAACAUAUGGUUAUAUGUCUCCAGAAUAUGCAAUGCUUGGACAAUUUUCUGAAAAGUCAGAUGUUUUUAGUUUUGGUGUCAUGAUUUUAGAGAUUAUAAGUGGAAAAAAGAAUUUAAUCUCUCGUGAACCACAACAUAUUACCAAUAGUCUCCUACACAAUGUUUGGAAACAAUGGAGAGAUGAUACCCUAUUGAACACUUUGGACCCGACUAUUAUAAAAAAUUAUUCUGAAAUUGAAGUCAUUAGGUGCAUUCAAAUUGGUUUAUUAUGUGUUCAAGAAGAUCCUAAUGCUAGACCUACAAUAGUGACAAUUAUUUCAUAUCUUAAUAGUCAUUUUAUCGAAUUACCAACUCCACAAGAACCUGCAUUAUUUUUGCACGGUAGAAUAACUGAAAAUGCAGUUGUCAGACAAUCAUGUUUCAAUCAAUCUGUCAACACAUCUACGCUAUUCUCUAUCAAUGAAAUGUCUUCAGUCGAAUUUCUUCCUCGAUAGUUAUAUAUAUGGAAGACUGUAUAUACGUGGCAUAACAAGGAAAUGCUUACCCAGGAUACUGCUUUGCUUUCUCCAAGAAACAGCUGCUGAAGGCUGAAUUAAUGCAUCUCAUAUUACAAUUCUAUUUUUUUUUUUUUUUGGUUCUGCUUAUUUUGGUGGUUAUUACCUUUUUGGUUUGUUUCAAUUUAGACGAGUCGGAAGGCUCAUGUGCAUGUGGACGAGCUUAAUUGUUGCCAAUAAAAGGAUUAAGGGAGAUAUGUUCAUAUAUAAAAAGAUUCCUUGCUUUGAUCCUGCUGUGAUAGAUUCAUUGACAUUAUUUGGUGUACACUGUUUAAUGACAAGGGUUUUCAUUUUGAAGGAGGCUAGCUUUCUUGUUUCUGCUGGAUUUUUUUGUUUUUUUUUUUUGUUUUUUCUUGUAUUUGUUUUCGGUGAUCCUAACGGAAGCACACCUUGCUCUAGCUUAAGUCUGUUCUAUUAAUAAAAGUAUUUUUUUUUUGUCUAUAUAUAA